CUCGGUUAGUUACGGUCAUCUCCGUUUCUACAUAAAGGUGCACACAGGGUCUUUCGUAUCUGUGUCCCCGCUUAUCUCUGAACCUUCACUCCAAAUCUCAGACCGAUCGCUCGCUACUCUCCCUAAGAAACCAUGGCAUCCGCAUCAAACAGGGGUCAAGGUGGAAUUCAACAGUUGCUUGCUGCAGAGCAAGAAGCUCAGCAUAUCGUCAAUGCUGCUAGAAAUGCUAAACUCACUAGGCUGAAACAAGCCAAAGAAGAGGCGGAAAGGGAGAUCGCUGAUUACCGUGCCCAAAUGGAGCGUGAAUUCCAGAAGAAAGUUGCAGCGAGCAGUGGAGAUUCUGGGGCUAAUGUGAAGCGCCUUGAAGUGGAAACUACGGAAAAGAUCAAUCACCUCUCGACAGAGGGCUCAAGGAUAUCAGGUGAUGUUGUCCAGAUGCUUCUGAAGCAUGUGACGACAGUGAGAAAUUAAUUCCAUAGAUGGUACAGUUGUAAUUUAAAACUCCCUCAAGUAUUGUAUUCUUUUGCUUGCCUUAUUCAUCCUGGUCCUUGGACUUGUUAGUAUCCAUCCUGGUAUUCACUAUUUGAUAUGUUGUGGCGUAUUUUGUUGAGCAACUGCUUUAAUUAUGUAUCCUGUCAAAAAAGAAUAAUGUUGCAGAGAUUGUUAGGCCAUGAACUUUGUACCAGUUUCAUCUUGUUUCAGUUAUUGGAUUAAGGGUUCAUCAGGCACAA